CCCACGGAAACGCGGGUGGCCGUGGGGACGGGCAGGUGCAGCAACAGCAGAGGGCGCCCUGCGCCCCGCGGGGUCACUCCGCCCCCUCCCCCGCUCCCUGGCCGGACCUUCCCUGCUAUUUUUACGCGCGGACACCGGACACCCGGCCGGGGUGGCUGCGGCACCAGGGCCGGGCGUCGGGGCCACACGUCCGUCCGCCGGUCGUCCGGGCUGUGCGCGCCAUGGAGCCGCGGUGUCCGCCGCCCUGCGGCUGCUGCGAGCGGCUGGUACUCAAUGUGGCCGGGUUGCGCUUCGAGACCCGCGCGCGCACGCUCGGCCGCUUCCCGGACACGCUGCUGGGGGACCCGGUGCGCCGCAGCCGCUUCUACGACGGCGCGCGCCGCGAGUAUUUCUUCGACCGACACCGGCCCAGCUUCGACGCGGUGCUCUACUACUACCAAUCGGGCGGGAGGCUGAGACGGCCGGCACACGUGCCGCUCGACGUCUUCCUGGAGGAGGUGUCCUUCUACGGGCUGGGCGCCGCGGCGCUGGCACGGCUGCGCGAGGACGAAGGCUGCGCGGUGCCCCCCGAGCGGCCGCUGCCACGCCACGCCUUUGCGCGCCAGCUCUGGCUGCUCUUUGAGUUCCCCGAGAGCUCGCAGGCUGCGCGAGUGCUCGCCGUGGUCUCCGUGCUCGUCAUCCUGGUCUCCAUCGUGGUUUUUUGCCUCGAGACGCUGCCAGACUUCCGCGACGACCGCGAUGACCCGGGACUCGCGCCGGUGGCGGCAGCCACUGGCCCGUUCCUCUCUCGGCUGAAUGGCUCCAGUCCCAUGCCAGGAGCUCCUUCCCGCCUGCCCUUCAGUGAUCCCUUCUUUGUGGUGGAGACCCUGUGUAUCUGCUGGUUCUCCUUUGAGCUGCUGGUGCGUCUGGUGGCCUGCCCAAGCAAAGCCAUAUUUUUCAAGAAUGUGAUGAACCUUAUUGACUUCGUGGCCAUCCUGCCUUACUUUGUGGCCCUGGGCACCGAGCUAGCCCGGCAGCGCGGAGUGGGUCAGCCGGCUAUGUCGCUGGCCAUCCUAAGGGUCAUCCGACUGGUGCGUGUUUUCCGUAUCUUCAAGCUAUCAAGGCAUUCGAAGGGCCUACAGAUCUUGGGUCAGACGCUGCGGGCCUCUAUGCGUGAGCUAGGUCUCCUCAUCUUCUUCCUCUUCAUUGGUGUGGUCCUCUUUUCCAGUGCAGUCUACUUUGCGGAAGUAGACCGGGUGGACACCCAUUUCACCAGCAUCCCGGAGUCCUUCUGGUGGGCAGUGGUCACCAUGACCACAGUUGGCUAUGGAGACAUGGCACCCGUCACUGUGGGUGGCAAGAUCGUGGGCUCUCUGUGUGCCAUUGCGGGUGUGCUCACCAUCUCUCUGCCGGUGCCGGUCAUUGUCUCUAACUUCAGCUACUUCUACCACCGGGAGACAGAGGGCGAAGAGGCAGGACUGUACAGCCACGUGGACACACAGCCCUGCAUCACACUGGAGGGCAAGGCUAACGGGGGGCUGGUGGACACUGAGGUGCCUGAACUCCUACCACCACCACUCUGGCCCCCCGCUGGGAAACACAUGGUGACCGAGGUGUGAGGGACAGCAGUGGGGUGGGAGGGAGGUGGGAAGGCAGGGCAGGUGCUGGGUUAAGGAACAGAGACCGGAUGUGAAGUUAUGUCACGUGGUAGUUCCUAGGGGGGCCUUAAGUAGAUGUGAAUGGCCAUAAUUUGGGUUGAGUCCAGGGGUUCCCCAUUGGCUGUGCAAAUCUCCAGGGGACCCUAUGGGUUGCACUGAAAGAGACUUGUCAUAAGCUGUGGGUUUCCUGGGUCUGUGUGGGGGUCUCAUUCGAGUGUAUGAUGAGCAGUUAUGUGGCUUUGAUUCCCUAGGGCCAAACUAGCGCCACUGUUAAAGUGGUCACAUGACUGCGUAAUCAUGCGCAGAAGCUGUGUGAAGGUGCAAAGGAGAUUGUAAGAGUAUAAGAGGUAGAAGGAGGCAGAAACCCAGAGAGGAAGGGACAGAGGCCCCAAGCAAUGGUUCUCUGUGCUGUAUUACAUGUGUUACGUGGCCGGAACCUGUUUAGGGCCAUGCUAAGCUGGGACAUCUGGAGAUGUGUCACAGUGGGCGUCUCCUAAUAGACACACAGUGAGUCUGACGACAUCUUUGUUUUCAGGGGCCCAUGCUGACUCUUGUCACUGCGAGUCCCGUGGGAGUGUAUGUGAGGGCCUAGGACCAUGGGGACCCAAGGGCCACAGUGCAGAUGAAACUAAGUGUAAGGGAGCAAGCGUGGACACAUGGGUGUAUGUGGCCCGCUGAACCAGCUUGCUCAGGGAUAUGCCCUGUAGAACGGGGGUUUCAUCUCCCUCGGUCUCCCCCCCCCCCCCCCCGCCCCAUCCAUCUGGAGAGGCUCUGUGGGAAGUAGCACUCAGUUUACCCUGCUCGUUUGGGAUCCAGGCCAAGGCUGCCCCAAGCUUUAGCACAGGGAUUCAAAGACUGGAGUCACAAGGGAAGAAAAACACAGAGAAGAAAGAGUAGGUGCUUGGACCAGACAUGACGGGGGUGGGGUGGGGACAGAGAUCUAGAGAGGAGAGAAAGGAAGGGGGAGAGAGUGAGAAAGGGGAAGAGGAGAGGGGGAGAGGCCCAGAGAGAGAAAACCAGGAAUGAAGGGCUGGCACCAAGUCGUGGGUGUCCGGCGUGCAGAAAGAAGGAGAGAGAGAGAAGGAGAGAAAGGGAGAGAGAGAGAGAGCAGAAACCGUGGUAGCCUUGAGCCCAAGGGUCACCCUUUUUGUUCUCUGAGUCAUAACAGACUUAAGCCAUGGCGUCAGCACCCCUCACAGCCAAGGAAGGCCGCCACCACACUCCUGGAGGUGCUCUGUGUUUCCUAGGGCAGAAACCCAAGGCUGUGAAAUGCUGUGGCUUCCCCCAAGGUCACCCAGCACGUCAUGGGGCCAGAACUGGUGGCAGGUGGCCUGCCUGUGACACCCCCACAGCUUCUGGCGUGCAGGUAUUGCUGGAGGUCACUGGUCCUGUGUCUUUUUGUUUUGUUUUGUUUUUUGAGACAGGGUCGGUACUUCUUUGUGGCUCUGGCUGUCCUGGAACUCACGCUGUAGGCCAGGCUGGCUCUGAACUCACAGAGAUCCUGCCUCUGCUUCUGAUGUGCUGGGAUUAAAGGCGUGUACCGCCAUGCCUGGCAAGGCCCUGCAUCACAUAGAGGAGGAAGCUGAUAGCAAUGGGAACAGCAUUACCCUAGGCUACAGAGAGACAUUUUCAGAAUCUUCUGAGACUGAGGGGCAUUUUAGGAAGAGGAGAGCGGUUACAACACCAACAGAGUUCAAGUUAUUUGACUGGCAUUAAUUUAUUAAAACCUGUUCACUGGU